AUGGCGGAACAAGAACCUCUACUGAACAAAGCCAACGGCGGCGACACCUUCUCCAGGACGAGCACCAGGACCGCAUACGACGAUGCUGCGUCUAUCACUGCCACCGUCCGCCCUACCAAGUCUUCGAGUACGAACAUCAAGACUAACGACGAUAAAGACGUCUGGAAACUUCCCAUCUCCCAACGAUCCUCGAAAGGACCCAUCUUGAACAGGUUGUUGGUCAUCCCGACCUUUCUCCUCGGGCUUCUAGCGAUCUUCUUCAUACAAGUACCGGUCUACCCUCUUUGGCCGUUGAUGAGGGUGUUCGGAGACAAGAGUUGGGUCGGCAAGGUAUACAAUUGGGAUGUCGAGUUUACGAAACAGUUGUUCGGGAUGCUUCUGAUCAUGACCUUCUCCCUAUUCUCCCCUACGUCGAUCACCAUAACGACCCCGUCUUCCGGUGCAACCUCCCUUCCUCUCUCCUCCCUCGUCGUCCGGGACCCACGGACCGGCGAACCUGUCGGCUUGAACCUUCCCAAGAACCUGAUCAUCAUGAGCAACCACCAGUCUUACCUCGAUUGGAUGGUCAUCUGGUUCAUGGGAUACAUCAGCGUGGUUCCCGCACAAGCGGCGGAUGGCCUUGAGGCGGCGGGAGGAGAGGCGAGCUGGAAGGAACAAGGACACGGGGCGAGGAGUAUCAUCAUCAUCUUGAAGAAACAGUUGAAGAAGCUUCCGAUCGCUGGAUGGGGCAUGCAAUUCUAUAGAUUCAUCUUCCUCUCCCGCUCCUGGGCCGAAGACCAGAAAAACCUCACCGAAGCUCUCUCGGACUUGUCCACCAGAGGUCGGAACAGGCCGGAAUCAGGAUUAUGGUUGACGAUCUUUCCCGAGGGGACGAUCACUAGCGACGAGGAGAGGGCGAAGAGCAGGAGGUUUAGCGAGAGGGAGGGCAUUCCUGACUUGAUAAACCUCUUGCAACCGAGGACGACGGGCAUGUUGUUCUGCCUCCGAACACUCGUACCUCAGAUCCCCGACCUGAGGAUUUUGGACUUGACCAUCGGCUACCCUGGUGUGCCGCGUGGAGGUUACGCUCAGGAAUGGUACGGUCUGAAGAGCGUAUUCAUGCUCGGCGUUCCUCCUCCAACGAUUCACGUUCACUUGCGAAUGAUCGACCCUACCGACGGCUCCGUUCCAGGUGUUCUAUCCACCGAUACUAUAAGCACAACUGCUAGCGACGAUACCACUACUGAGGGAAAGCAUCAACCCGCCCUGCCCGGUCUAGCGAGUGACGAAGAAGCCAAAGCGUUCGGCGAGUGGAUGCGAGGAAGGUGGGCCGACAAGGAGACCUUGAUGGACGGGUUCACAGCGGCGAAUUGGGAAGGGUUCCACGAUACCAACAACGGCGAGGCGGGUAACAAAGAAGGACUGUAUGGAGAGGGGAGUGUCGAGUUUCCGAUCAAGCUGUCUUAA